CAUGUUUGGACGCUGCAGGCCCUGUUGGCAAAGUUUCCACCCCUGGGCGUGCAGUAUAAAUUAGGCUCAUCAUGCCAACACAAGCACACUGGCACAGACAGUUUUAUCCUUGCAAAUCCAUUCGCUAUGGCCACAGACCAUCCAAUCCCUGCAUCCAAGCAGCAGCAGCCCGGUACCAGUGCUUUUAAGCUGUUCAUCUAUGAGCAGGAAAACUUCCAAGGACGCUGCCAUGAGCUGACUGGUCCCUGUAACAACCUCCAGGAAGCAGGCAUGGAGAAAGUGGGCUCCAUACUGGUGCUGUGUGGGCUAUGGGUGGGAUAUGUACAGACCAGCUGUAAGGGAGAGCAGUAUGUGUUUGAGAAGGGGGAGUAUCCUCGCUGGGAUUCCUGGACCAACAGCAGGCGUAGUGACACCAUUCUUUCAUUCUGCCCAAUUAAAGUGGACAGCCAGGAGCACAAGAUUGUCCUUUACGAAAACCCUGGCUUUGCAGGAAAGAAGAUAGAAAUUAUUGAUGAUGAUGUUCCCAGCUUCCAUGCUCAUGGCUACCAAGAGAAGGUCUCCUCUGUUAGGGUACAGAGCGGCAACUGGGUGGGCUAUCAGUAUCCAGGAUACAGGGGCUAUCAGUACUUGUUUGAGAAGGGGGAGUACAAGGACAGCUCAGAGUUUGGAUCCCAGAUUCCCCAGAUCCAGUCUGUGCGGCGGAUCAAAGACAUGCAGUGGCAUCAGAGAGGGGCAUUUCACCCAGUAAACUAAGCAUGUGACUGAUUUGGGUCAUGAAUCCUAACCUCAGCGACCUUGACCUCUUCCAGCUGCUAUUCCUUGCCUUUCAAUUACAUAAUACUGCAUUUUGAUAUCUAUUGCAGCUGUUGCAGUAGUGAGAUUCUGUUCUAAGCUGUCAAGCAUACUAAUAAAUGAGUGUUGCCCUAAGA